GUGCCUUUGAGGGAAAGGCAAGACUGCGGAAACAAACACGCAUGUGCAGAAAAUCAUGGCGGCGCCCGUGAUGGAGUGUUGACAGUUUAUGCUUACUCACGCAUUCUGUAGAAAACAAGCAUUAAUCUUCUUGUUCGCACUUUGAUGAUACAUUAAACAUGUCUGCAACGGAGGAAGAUACGGAGUUGCGGGAUCUUUUAAUUCAAAAUCUAGAAAACAGCGGAGUUCUCAACAAAAUCAAGGCUGAGCUGAGGGCAGCAGUAUUUGUGGCUUUAGAAGAACAGGAAAAACAGGAGAAAACGCCUUUGGAGAAUGAAUGCCUGAAGAAAUGCCUCAAUACUAAAGAUGGUCGUCUAGCAGCUAGCCUUAUCUCAGACUUCAUGCAGGUCUACAAUUUAGACUUCACGCUAGCCGUGUUUCAACCAGAAGUCAACUCGUCUGUAGAUGGGCGAGAGAGUGUGUGUCGAGAACUGGGGGUGCACGAGGGAGACAUCAACAGGAACAGCGCUGUGCUACUGGAGGUUAUCAGGAGGGGUCGCCACAGAGACAAGUCACACCCUACAACAAAUGAGGUGGAGAGAAGCUUGCAGGUGGCAAAGGAGCUUUCUCCAAGGCAAAUUGCAGAGGCCCGGAAGAAGUUUGAUUCACAUUCCAAGGACAAGGCCGUAAAAUCAGAUGAUCUGACUGCCGUGUUCGUGGAUCUGUGUCCAUCCUUCAAGCGGAGUAUGCUGGAUUGUUAUGUCAAAGAUGAAUUGGCAGCCAGAGGCAAAGACUCCAGUAGCACUGUGGACUUUCAGGAGUUCCUGGGGAUGUGGAAACGGUUCUUCAUGCAGUGUCGCAGUGUGGUAAUGUCUGAUGCUGGAGACACCACAUCGCCUGCAGUCCGAGGAGCUGAGGACCGUGUCAGCAAUCAGCCUCUUAGCCGGAUAUUGUCAGAUGCCGGGGAUUCCCUGCUUAGCGCUGUCAAAGGUCUAGAUGACAAAAUUAAUAAUCUUCCUGCCAGUCGGAUUCCCAGGCUUAAAGGCCAGACUAGGGUAUCUCUAGAGGACUCACACAUACAGGUGCCGGAGGUCAAAGGUCAGUCAGUCUCCACAGCGACGGCGUCACAGCCAAGGAAGACGUCCCAGCUGGGUGAGGAAGACGAUGCUGAGGAUGAUGUCCAGGACGACUCGUUUUUCGACGACCCGCUGCCCAAGCCACAGAAGACCUACGGCAGUCGUGUGUCCUCUGUUGAUCGCAGUGUGUCUGACAGAAGCUCCAGUCAAAGAGAUAAGAACCGCUCUGCUGGAUCUGAGGGGAAAAGGCCUGGGGGAGCAGAUGCCUCGCACAGGAACGAUGACGAGGUGAACUAUGAUGAUGACUUCAACAGCCACCGUUCAGAAAACUCCCGCAGUGAGAUUAGCAUUGGAGAAGAGAUCGAAGAAGGUUCCUUGGACUUCAGCGAGAAGGUGGACAGCACUCUGGAUGUGAGUGUGUCUCAGCUGAGUGAAGGUGCUGCUGACUACCUGGAGGAGGUCUCCUGAUGAUGACCUUCCUAUCAGGGACCCGUGACCUUGAACUUCAUCUUGACCUUGACCUUUGCCCUUUGGCCCCCCGACCUGGCCCUCUAAAGCCUGACCCGACCCGCUGCCGCUGAUCGACCCCGUGUGCUACUGCUGGUGCGUGUACCGCACUGAAAUCUUUAAUCCUGUCGAUGCCUGUGUAUGAUGUUAAUGUUGAUAUCAUGAGCUUUUUUCCAAAUAAAUGAAAUUUUAUCUAUCA